AUGUCUUCCUCUCUCGAUCAGCUCAAGUCCAGCGGCACUGUUGUCGUCUGUGACUCUGGUGACUUUGCCACCAUCGGCAAGUACAAGCCUCAGGAUGCCACCACCAACCCUUCUCUGAUCCUGGCUGCUUCCAAGAAGCCCGAGUACGCCAGCCUGAUUGACGCCGCCGUCGCCUCCGGCAAGAAGGAGGGCAGCACCGUCGACGAGCAGGUUGACGCCACCCUCGAUCGUCUCCUUGUUGAGUUCGGCAAGAAGAUUCUUGAGAUCAUCCCCGGCAAGGUUUCGACCGAAGUUGACGCCCGCUUCUCUUUUGACACCCAGGCCUCAAUCAACAAGGCCCUGCACAUCAUCAAGCUCUACGAGGACCAGGGUAUCUCGCGCGACCGCAUCCUCAUCAAGAUCGCCUCCACCUGGGAGGGUAUCCAGGCCGCGCACAUCCUUCAGACCAAGCACGGCAUCAACUGCAACCUGACCCUCAUGUUCUCGCUCGUCCAGGCCAUUGCCGCUGCUGAGGCCGGUGCUUUCCUCAUCUCGCCCUUCGUCGGCCGUAUUCUUGACUGGUUCAAGAAUGCGCACAAGAAGGAGUACAGCGCCGAGGAGGACCCCGGUGUCAAGUCGGUGCAGGCCAUCUUCAACUACUACAAGAAGCACGGCUACAACACCAUUGUCAUGGGUGCUUCGUUCCGUAACGUUGGUGAGAUCACCGAGCUUGCUGGUUGCGACUACCUCACCAUCUCGCCCAACCUGCUCGAGGACCUGUACAACUCGACCGCUGCGGUCCCGAAGAAGCUCGAGAGCGAGAGCGCUGUCAAGCUGGACAUCCCCAAGCAGUCGUACCUCAAGGACGAGGCUCUCUUCCGCUUCGACUUGAACGAGGAUGCUAUGGCUACUGAGAAGCUGCGCGAGGGUAUCAGCAAGUUCGCUGCUGAUGCUAUCACCCUCAAGAACCUGCUUAAGCAGAAGGUUGAGGCUUAA